AUGUUUGUCCAAAAGUACCCAGAAUUAAAUUUCAUUACGGAACAACGACUAUCAGAUCAAAUACGAGUCAUACACAGAAAUAAUAGAAUACCUGCAACAACAAGAGAAAAAAUAAAGAAAACCAUUGAAGAAAUAAUCAAUAGGGAAAAUAACGAACACAGUGAAAACACAACGCAAAAUACAUUAUUUACAAAUAUACAAGACAAUAAUACAACAGAAGAAGAGACAAAUACCGAUACACAGACAGCAAUGGCUCACUUAUACACACAGUACACACAAAACAGUAAUGAUACAGAGACUCUUAUUACAGAACAUCAAAUUACACCAUCACAACAGAUGAAUAUAGAAAAUGAAAACCACACACAACUUGAGUACGAAAAAAUAUAUACAACAUUUACAGAACUGUUAAUAAAAUUUAAAGGAACGGACCCAACACUCAGACCACAUAUCCCAAAAUUACAAACAUGUCGAAAAACUAUUAAAACGGUAAAUACUAUCAACCAAAUCAUUAAAGCAUACCUACAAAAUAAUGACGAUACGACAAUCGAAAAUUUACAUGAUAUAAUAUACUGUGCAGCUAAAACAGUCACAACACUACACAUAGAAAAAAAACAACCUAAA